AUGCGCACCAUGUGCUUGCAAACGCACUCGCUGGCGGGCGCUACGGGAUCUGCCUUCGUCUCUGUGGGGAAAACCAAACUGAACUGCGCCGUAUACGGCCCACGCCCGAACACAAAGGCAGCUUCGCAGGAUCGAGGCAGCAUCAAUCUCGAGUUCAAAUAUGCUCCUUUUGCAACGACCUCGAAGGGCGCGUGCAACGAGCGAGACAGCGCACAUCUGGUCACCCUUCUCCAUCAGGCCGUGAACGCAGUCGUUCGGUUAGAUCUCUACCGCAAGUCGACGAUCGCCGUAUCUGUGCUUGUUCUCGAAGAUGAUGGAGGAGUCAUCUCUGCGGCGCUGACAUGCAUCGGCUUGGCCCUCGCCGAUGCCGGCAUUGAGAUGCUCGACGUCUUGACGGGGGCGUCAGGAUGCGCGGUCGCCUUGGAACAGCCCGAUGGCCCGCCCCGCAUAUGCGUCCUUCUCGACCCUGAUGCCGAUGAGCGACGCGCCUUCGCAGACAAGUGCACCGUCGUCGACCUCGGAUACUGUCCUGCUCAGUCGUCUGCUUGCUUCAUCCACGCAACGGGGCCUCUCCUUGCCUCCGAGAGCGGCGAGCAGGUGGGCAGUGUUUGCAUUUCCCGGCAACCGAAACCGCACGAGGCUUAG